GCAAAUCGAAACUAGUUGUUUCAUCCUUUAGAAAUUUAUUUGUAUAGAAAAGAAUUGUUUGUAUUGUUUUUUGUAUAUUUUUGCAUAUAGUUGAAAUACGUGAGUGUAGUGAAUUUUUUAAAUCAAUUAUUCAAUGAUUUGAAACUUGAAAAGUGAAUCAGCAGAGAUCAGUCGCCAAAAUGACGGCAGUAUUAGGUGGGGGUCUUUCCGGAUUAAGUGCCGCUUACUACGCUCUCGAAAAUCCAAAACUAGCUCCCGUAAUUUUAUUAGAAGCUUCGAGCCGUCUCGGAGGAUGGGUCCAAUCAAAAAAAUCCCCAUCCGGUGCAGUUUUCGAGCUAGGCCCCAGAACAAUAAGACCCCGUGGAGACACGGGUCAAAAUACCCUAAACUUAAUCGACGAUCUCAAGCUGGGUACGAAACUUCGUCCCAUCGCGGUCAAUGAUCCUGCCGCUAGCAACAAAUUCAUCUACACCAACAACAAAUUACACCCUCUUCCAAUUUCGCUAAAACCCCUCUUCAGAACAUGUCCGCCCUUAAAUGAACCCCUCAUAUCAACAAUCUGGAGAGAAAUUCGCCAACCUUCGAUUAUAAACAAGGACGAAAGUCUCUACAGUUUCAUAGAAAGGCGAGUCGGAAGUCACAUAGCUGAUUACAUCAUAAGUCCGAUGAUAUGUGGAAUUUGCGCCGGAGACGCGAAGGAAAUCAGUGUCAAAUUUCUGAUGCCAUCUCUCUUUCGAGCUGAACAGCUUCACGGAUCUAUAUUCCGAGGGAUGAUUCACGAGAGAUUAUUUGAUCAGAUGAAACCAAAGAAGCCGGAACCUUGGGAGAUAGUUCCUGAAAAAACGGACAAAAGUAUCAUGAGUUCAGCUGAACGAGCUCAAAAGUCUAAUUGGGCCAUCUGGGCUCUAGAUGGAGGCAUGGAACAAUUGCCGCAAGCUUUGGCGAGCAAAUUGUAUCAUAAACAUUUACACAUCCGGCUCGGAAUUGACUGCAAGGAAAUUUUUUUCAAACCGGAAGGAGUGGAAGUGCGGGCGGGUGAUCAAUCAAAAACUUAUGAGAGAGUCGUUUCGAGCAUACCGGCGAAAAAGCUUGCCAGACUUGUGGAGAAUCAGCAUCCUGACUUGGCAAAUGAGUUGGGGGCGAUUCCAUCAGUCACGGUGGCUGUGGUUAAUUUGGAAUUUGCUGGACACGUUCUGCCGAUAGAUGCUUUUGGGUUUCUGGUACCACCGAAAGAAGAGUUGCCGAUUUUGGGAGUUAUUUUUGAUUCUUGUAUUAUCAAACAGGAAUCUACGGUACUGACAGUCAUGAUGGGAGGAGCCUGGUUUGAUAAAUACUUUGGAAACAGCGAAAAUUUGUCUACAAUAAACGAUCAUUUGUUAUCCGUCGCACUGGAUCAAGUGAAAUCAAUCCUUAAUAUUAAGGCAACACCAAUCUCUUCUAAUGUUUCUAUUCUGAAGGACUGCAUUCCACAAUACAUUGUGGGCCAUAAUGAGCGAGUAGACCGUAUUAAAAAUUAUAUCUUAGAAAAUAAACUUCCGUUAUACUUGUGCGGUGCUUCUUAUGAUGGUAUUGGAGUAAACGAUGUCAUUUUUUCAGCAAAAAAGGCUGUGUCUAGUAUCGCCUAAUAAGUAUUUUUAGUUUUGCAAAUGAAAAUAGUGCAUCUAAAGCAGUGAUAAACAAUUCCAGUCGUUGUUAUAUGUACAUAGUAAACAGUGAAAGUAUGUUACAAUUUAAUAAAUAUUGUUUAAAAAUCAUAA